GAUGGGCGGGGUGAAGUACAGCUGACAUCCAGUCCAAAGAGCUCCCUUUACGCAGAAGAAAGCGAACAGGUCCAGCGCUCAUAACAGUUAACUUUAUCACCAUUUUUUUUAAAUAUAGAGGAGGAAGAGUGCUGAUUUUACGUAUUCAGCCCAUUUAAUUUGGAAUAUAUAUCUUUUUGAUAUUGAGCGAGAGAUAACAUUUAGGAUCGACGCGUUGGAAGAACCGGAGAAGCGAUAGUUGGGGUGCAUGCCAACCAAGUGCGACUUGCUAUCUUAUUCAUGCAAAUUCAUAAAGUCAUCAUAGGCGUGCCUUUGGGCGAUGGAGUCACAGUCGGACGACCAUACCCCUUGGAGGAACAUCAGCGAUCUGCAAAGCCUGUGAUGUGCAGACAGUGCAGUGUUCGGACACAUUGACAUCAGCAGCAGCAGCACCUCGGACAUGUUUCGCAAGUUCUAAAAAAAGGCGAAAGGAAAGACGAGACGGGCACACUUCUCUCUACAACUCUUCUUGACCAUCGAGUCGAGCCUCCUUCGUUCUGCGACACACUCGCAAGGAUUUUAUACGUUCCGUUGACAGCCUUCCAUACCCCCAAUUUCUUGGUGUAGUGUGCCAUUUUAAAUUACUUGACUAAAUUAUUUUUAAAAAAUCAGCGAUUUAGUCGAGGUGGGUUUAGAUUAUACUGUAGCGAGUCUCGCUGAUGAAGCCCAACAAGCAGCGGUCAACUUAAUACAACUCGCUCCCAGUCUAUCUCCCUUAACUUCUUGAAAAACUUCCACCAGAUCCACUUAAUAUCACUGUACACUUUGAAUUAUCUUCCCACGAUGUCCGAGGACGACAUCAGCUCCGCCGCCACCGGCAGCUCGGUGCCCGGGCUGCCCGACGGCAGCAGAAGCAGCAGCAGCAGCAGCAGCAGCAACGUCAGCGUCCUGAGCUGGGAGCAAGUGCAGCGUCUCGACGCCAUCCUCACGGAGACCAUCCCCAUCCACGGCCGGGGCAACUUCCCCACCCUGGAGGUGAAGCCAGGGCAGAUCGUCAAGGUGGUGCGUAGUCGGAUGGAGGAGAAGCACAUCCACGUCCGCGACGUGCGGCUGAACGGCUCCGCCGCCAGCCACGUCCUCCACGAGGACAGCGGGCUGGGCUACAAGGACCUGGACCUCAUCUUCUGCGCAGACAUGAAGGGGGAAAGUGAUUUCCAGAUCGUGAAGGACAUUGUUUUGGACUGUCUUCUAGAUUUUCUGCCCGACUGCGUCAACAAAGAGAGAAUAUCGCCGUUAACGUUAAAGGAAGCAUAUGUGCAAAAGAUGGUGAAAGUGUGCAACGACUCGGACCGUUGGAGCCUCAUCUCGCUCUCCAACAACCGGGGGAAGAACGUGGAGCUAAAGUUCGUGGACUCUCUCCGGCGGCAGUUUGAGUUCAGCGUGGACUCCUUCCAGAUCCGCCUGGACUCCCUGCUGCAGUUCUACGAGUGCUCCGAGAACCCCAUGGCUGAGACCUUCCACCCCACCGUCGUGGGCGAGAGUGUUUACGGCGACUUCGGCGCGGCCCUGGACCACCUGUGUCACAAGGUUAUCUGCACGCGCAACCCCGAGGAGAUCCGCGGCGGGGGGCUCCUCAAGUACUGCCACCUGCUGGUGAGGGACUUCCGGGCGGAGUCAGAGACGGAGAUGAAGUCGCUGCAGCGCUACAUGUGCUCCCGCUUCUUCAUCGACUUCUCGGACAUCGGCGAGCAGCAGCGCAAGCUCGAGUCCUACCUGCAGAACCACUUUGUGGGGCUGGAGGACCGCAAGUACGACUACCUGAUGACGCUGCACGGCGUGGUCAACGAGAGCACCGUGUGCCUGAUGGGGCACGAGAGGCGCCAGACCCUGGGGCUGAUCGCCAUGCUGGCGGUGCGCGUGCUGGCCGAGCAGAACGUUAUCCCCAACGUGGCCAACGUCACCUGCUACUACCAGCCCGCCCCCUACGUGGCAGACGGCAACUUUAGCAACUACUACAUAGCGCAGGUGCAGCCCAUGUUCGCCUGCCAGCAGCCCGCCUACUCCACCUGGCUGCCGUGUAACUGAGCUCCGGUUCCGGCCGAGGGAAAACGCAAGGGAGAGUCAGAGCGGUUGGUUUUGAGGAAGUGCCGGCCAAACCUUGAACCCCCCCCCCCCCC